AUGGGAUCAGCCCCAGACUGCUCAGGGACUGUGCGGAUGAACUCAAUAGCACACCCCAGAGAGCCCAAUCACUUCAGGCCAGUGGCUCUGACAUCACACCUUAUGAAGAGCAUGGAGAGGAUUGUACUGAACUACCUCCGUUGCCUGGUGGGCAGUGAGCUGGACCCCCUCCAGUUCGCAUAUCGACCAGGGGUCGACUUCCAAUACGACACAGAUAGCUGCCAUCUCCAGAAAUUUUCUGAUGACACAGCUAUUGUUGGCUGUGUUAAGAAGGGGAAUGAUCUGGAGUAUAAGGGGGUCAUCACCAGUUUUGUUGAAUGGUGUGGAAAGAACCAUCUGCAGAUAAACACCAGUAAGACAAAGGAGAUGGUGAUUGACUUCAGCCCCACCACUGCCACCACCAGUUCCCAGUUUCCACCUGUCAGCACUCGCAGUCUGGAGACACUGAGCUCACCUCAGCUACAGAUGGCCCACGGUCAACUAACCUUCGCAUCCAAGAAAAGUGAGGGUGUUACCUACAGACCCAAGUCUGCGUCAGAGGGCUUCCGCAGGCACAGCACAGAUGGGACUGGCAUUGCCCCGGUGCCGGGCGAGGAGCGGCGCUUUCACCCCUACUGCCGCCAGUAUAGCGAGGGCAGCCCACCCCUCUGCUCGUCCCCUUUCGCCUGUGUCAAGGAGGAGACGCCACAGACGAGCAACCAGCUGUCGACUUUUCCAGAUGAAUUCACAAGCGGAGAGCAGAUUAAUUAUUCCUAUGACCCCUAUAACAGAAUUUCCUCUAAUACCAAUCAACCCGAAACAGCAGAAAUGCUUUACCCUAAACCCAUCUAUUCAUAUAGCAUCCUCAUCUUUAUGGCACUGAGGAGCAGCCAGACUGGGAGCUUGCCUGUCAGUGAAAUCUACAGCUUCAUGACCGAACACUUCCCGUAUUUCAAGACAGCUCCUGAUGGCUGGAAGAACUCUGUCCGCCACAAUCUAUCCCUAAACAAGUGUUUUGAGAAAGUGGACAACAAGAGCGGUCAUGCUUCCCGGAAAGGCUGCUUGUGGGCCCUGAACCCCGCUAAGGUGGGAAAGAUGCAGGAGGAGCUGCAGAAAUGGCGCCGCAAAGACCCCCUCACUAUCCGCAAGAGCAUGGCUCGACCAGAUGAGUUAGAUCACCUUCUUGAGGACAGAGCUGACAAGAUAAAAUCGUCAUCCGUCCGCUUAAACCACCGACAGACAUACCCAGCAUUGAGAAAACAAGGAUAUGACACAGUCUCACCUCAUGUCCUAACCCAGCCAAGGGAGCAUGACCCUCACUCUCACAGACAGCCCUUGUACAGCUACUCUUCACCUGCUGCCAGCCAGCGGCCUCCAUACCUGCCCCACAAUCCCACUGUGUUCCCCUUCCAGUGCAUAAUCACCCAGCAGCCUGGCACCAUCCUUCCCUCCAACAUUGGCGCUCUGGAGUCUCCCCUGCCAGCACAGACCCCACCCAGCUACAGCGCUGCCCUGCAGGCCAAUAACGGCGUCUCGCAGAGCAUGCAGGAGCUGCUGCUGGAGGGGGACCAAAGCACAGACAUCGAUAUGCUCAACCCAAGUCUCACAGACCUACAGCUGCACGGUUAUUUGUGGGAGGAGCUGAAGGACGAUAGCCUGGCUCCAGACACUGUUACCACCACACCCGUCACCCUGUCCUCCUUCCAGGCUAGCCCUGGCUGGCAGAGAGUGGUGACCCUGCAAGGCCUUGGCUCGACCAGGGCAGAUGCAAGUGGCCCUGGUGCUGGGGAAGGGGACCCGAAAGGAAUGUUAGAGCUGAGCAUCACAGCACAAAAUUCCACCACAUUCCCUAACAUGGAUAGCAUGUCCACAUACUAGCUCUCUGCUCCACAUUUCAAUCACAUUCUUACAUUUGUUUUGUA